GCUCCUGGUGCUGAAGAAAAGCGUCUCCUCUCCGCCUCGCGCAGUCAGACAGCCGCUCGCUCGGUUGGUCCACAGCCGUCAGCUGCUCCCGCCGCCGCAGGAUUUCCCGCGUUAGCGCUCAGAACAGGAGGAUACAGACGGAGGAAAAACUACCUUUUACCUGAAACCCACGCGGGAGAGAGGUCCUACAAGUCGUGAGGAAAUGGUGACGUUUGAAGAUGGAACCCUCCUGAAGUGGUUGCUCGAGUCCUCACAAUCAUAGAUCCACUGUCUCAUUAUGGCAACCCCACUGUGGCCCCAGUCUUUGCUCCUUGUCCCGUACUGUAGAAGGUGUCAUUGUUGAGGAAGGGAAAGUCAGACUUAAACGAGCUUGCCUGUGAAGAUGAGAAAUGACCCAAACCAUGUAGUGUAGCUUUCUCCAAAGAGGGGGAGGAUCUACACUUAAGUUGGGUUUAUUAUUUAUUACUAUUUUUUAAAUUUUUACAGAGAUACAGAUCUGCACUAAAACGUUUAUGGACGCUGUGUGCGAGGUGAGGAGAAAGUGACAGAAGAAGAAAGAGAGAGAGAAAGAGGGAAAGACAUGGUCCUCCACACCACCCCUUAUUCCAGUGCCUGUCUGCACUUCCUGGAUGGCUUAUCGUGGAGCUUGGUGUUCCCUUGCUACUGGCUACUGGACCGCCUCCUGGCCUCAUGUGUGGCCACCUCCCUGGAGAAGCGCCAGCGCUCCCAAGACCCUUGCUCCUUCCUCACCUUCUGUGUCCUGAUCUCUGCGCCCCUGUAUCUCCUCCUCCUCCUCACCUCCCUGCCUUUUGCCCUCCUGGGCUUCAUCAUCUGGGCUCCUCUGCAGGCCAUUCGUCAGCCUUACCUGUACACCUACCACAGACCGGACAAACACCAGGCCGAGCAGGGCCAGGCAGGGCCGGGUGGCAUAGGUAUUGGGGAAUGGCGGCCACAGGGCAGGAGCUUCUGUUUCUGCAGUGCCAACGUAUGCCUGUUGCCUGACUCCUUGGCCAGGUUUAACAACCUGUCCAACACCCAUAGGAGAGCCCGCGAGGUGGGGAAGAGGAUCCGCAAUGGUGCCAGCCGCCCUCAAAUAAAAAUUUACAUUGACUCACCCACCAACACUUCCAUCAGUGCGGCAUCCUUCAGCAGCCUUGCCACAGGUUUCCGUCGUACCUCCUCCUUAGACCACCGUCCAGACCAAACACACACCACCAAUGGCCCGGCCGACACUGAAACUGAACCGCUCACUGAGUGCCCUAUUCACCCCUCAGGUGCUACCGACUGCCCUGUUCACCCUGCUGUAGGAGACCAGGGCUCCUUUGGAUGCCCCCUUCACUCAGAUGGAGACACCACGGCAGACUGCCAACUCCACCCAACAGGGACUAACAACAACUCAGACUGUCCAGUUCACACCUCAGGAGAGGCUACAGACUGCCCCAUGCAUUCCACAGGGCAUCAGCCUGUCCCUGACCAUCAUGACUGUCCCAUGCAUGGUGAAGGGACCCAGCCAAAACCCUCCACAGACUGCCCACUUCACACCUCAGGGGUUCAAAUCAGCAUCAGUGCACCAGAACCAGACCCACAGGAAGAAGAAGCCGAAACAGGGAACCAUCGAGCUGGGGAUCAGGCAGGAGGAGACAUAAGCAGCAUGACUGCGUCCAGGGAGUCCCUUUCACGUUACCAUGGAGGUGACACUGGAGUAGGGAUAACUUCUAACAAUACUCUCACCCACGUUCCUCGCACAUCAAUCUUCAAGCGCCCAGGACGAAAACGCCGCCAAGGUGAUGAGACGUUCGAUCAUGAGAUCUCUGCCUUUUUCCCUGCAAAUUUGGAUUUCCUGGCUCUGCAGGAAGUGUUUGACCAUGGAUCGACAACUAGACUGCUGAGGCAGUUGCAUCGCUACUUCCCAUACAUCCUGAGCGAUGUUGGCCGUUAUGGCUGGAAAGGAUGCUGCUCCAUGUUCAAAUUCCUGAACAGUGGGCUGAUGCUGGCCAGCCGCUACCCAAUUCUGGAUGCACGGUAUGAGUGCUAUCCCAAUGGAAGAGGAGAGGACGCAUUGGCAGCCAAGGGGGCACUGUUUGCAAAGGUUCACGUGGGCACCUCCCAUCAGGAGCAAAGGGUGGUCGGAUACCUCACGUGUACUCAUCUUCACGCCAUAGAAGGUGACGCUGCCGUACGCUGUGAGCAGCUGGACCUGUUGCUCCGGUGGGGAGCCGAGUUUCGUCAGUCUUCGUCCCAAAUGCCUGAAGGCGAGAAGGUGCUGGAGGACCUGGUGGCCUUUGAUGUCAUCCUGGGAGAUCUCAACUUUGAUAACUGCUCCUCGGAGGACAAGCUGGAGCAGCAGCAUGCACUUUUUACUCAGUACAAGGAUCCGUGUCGCCAGGGGCCAGGGGAGGAUAAACUGUGGGCUCUGGGUACUUUACUGGAUCCCAGUGGCCUUUAUGAUGACGAGGUCAGCUCCCCUGAAAGUUUACAAAAAGUGAUGGAGAACGAGGAAGGGAGGAAGGAGUACGUGGUGUUUCCUCCCAGUAAGAGCCAAUGUCCUGCCAGCAGUCAGAAGGGAAGGAAAAUCCCACUCAAGGGCAACGGGCGCCGCAUUGAUUACAUCCUCUACAGCGACGAGGGCCUGCAGCAGGACUGGAAACUGGACAUUGAGGACUUCAGCUUUGUCACCCAGUUGGCCGGCCUCACUGACCACCUGUCUGUGGCCAUGCGAUUGGCUGUUUCCACUGGGGAAGAGGAGCCUUAGACUGACCAUCCGAGUUAGUUUUUAUUUUUGUUGUUGUUGGGUUUUUUUUAAAUACUGCCAUGGAGGAACGACAAGUGAUCUAUAGGCGAGGAAAGGAUCGAGAGAGUUUACAAAUAUGGAGGCUCUUAUGAGGGGAAAAUGCAGGUCUGCGAGGGACAGUGUGAUGGAGAAAUGAAAGAGUGGAGGAGUGCUCAGCGGAUGAAUGGAUGUUCAGUAGGUAGAUGAGAGCAACAGCAGAGAUGCUCUUUAAAAAAAGAGAAACUCUGGGAUGGAAAAGAGCAGGGAAUUCAGAGCCAGAGAGAUAUUCUUACACACACACACACACACACACUUACUCCGUUCCCCGUCCCCUACACUCUCUCUUGAAUACAGAGACUUUUAUUUACCGUGAAUUGUUUCAUGUAGCCAUUUUACACACACACACACACCUUUAUUGGAUCUGUUUUAGCUGUAGUGUAAGUAUGAUGACUUUACCUUCAGGGACUGUUGGAUCCUCCUUCUUUAGUGACUGUGUUAAAAGAAAAAAGUGAAAGAAAGAAUACAUAAUGGAAGUGAUAAGAAUGAAAUGUACAGCUGCUGACCAGCCUUUACACUGCACAUCUGUGUCCCUGUGUUCUGCUGUCAGUCAUUCACCUUACGACUCCCUCGUCACUCCCAGGAACCUCGACAAGUGUCUUUUUUUCUUAAACAAAUAGAACUAAAAGUAGUCUUUCUAAAUUCAGAAAAACAACAUGACACAAUUUCUAUUGCCACCACAUUACUUUUUAUAGUGAGUUCAACGCCUGUUUAAUAAUAUAUUGUAUCUUUCUAACAAGAUUUAUUGUAUAAAGGGAUGAAGCUAAAGAAGACAAUUGUUAUGAAAUGCUUAGAGCAUGUUUUUUUUCUCGACCAUGAUUGGUGGAAAUGUUAUGGUGAAGGACAUUUUUUUGUCUAUAAGUAUGAACUGAGGAUUUGCUGAUGCAUGAAGGAAAUGGUAUCAGUUUACAGCGUUAAUAUACCUGCUCGAUAUACUUGCUUGCUUGAGAAUGGAUGCCUGAUGAGAUGCAUUUUGGCCUGAAACACACAUUGAGUGUACACACCGGAGAAGCAUUUGUGCAUGUGAGACUAGAUCCUGCCGAUGUACCUUCACACACACACACACACACCACCACCACACCACGUGCAGAGGGUGAUGUCGCUUACGUUGGCCGCACUAGGAGUUCCUCCAAUCACAACCUCCACCAGAGUUAUUGUCAGCUUGUGAGCAAACCGUAACGUCUAUCCGGAGAGAAAACCCUCACCGUGCUGUAAGUACAUCUGAGUAGCCGACAACAAAAAAGCAUGCAGCCCAGUGUUUGUGUGUGUGAGAGCACAAACUGUUGCCCCAGCCAUUUGUGACAGCAACGACAAAACCCCCUGAAGACCCACAUGCAGCACACACACACACACACCUUGUGAUACAUGCCGAGUUGCCUACAUGGGCAAAUAAACUGUUACCAACACUUAAAAUGCCCUAUCAGUGUUAGGUAAAUAUACAGAAUCCAUGCUGUCAAUGUCACACACUAAAACUGUCCAUACAGGGACAUUUUUUGUUUCCCUCUACAUUGCGUCAACUUAAGUUAUCUCUUCCUCAUGCUGCUUCUGCUGCCAGCCUGACACCAGAAAUAACUAAAUGUGUACGUAAUACUCUGAUAGCAGAGCAUCUAACAGAGCUGCACUGGCCAUGGAGUCUAAACUGGAACUGAAACUUUGUAAAGGGCAGAGUUUAGUCACUGUGAAUGUCACGAGGCUUCUAAAGUGCAACAUGUCCCCUGUUGACCCAGUGACGCCGGUGCUCACAGUAUACUGUGUUAAAUAUGGAAGCAGGUCUAAAUGUUAGGAGAUGCAGGCGAUUCUGAUGAUGCUUUUCCACUCCACAGUCCCGGCAUGACUCGGCACGUUUGUUUCAUUGGUGAUAGUUCGAUUUUUUAGUUAGAGAUGCACGGCUGGCGGUUACAGCCGCGGGCACCGCACAUAAUCCACGGGGCGGGUGGAUUGUGUGAAUAAAAAAAUUAAAUGUGGAUGAAUUGCGCGAGGGUUGCAGUUCAAAUAAAUAAAUAAUUCGUAGGUUAACAUAAUAGUGACUAGAUCUGAAAUGUGCCGAUACCAUGUGUAACUAUUCUACUGAUUCAGUGCGUCGUAAGUAACUGCUUUACAAGUCACUAGUCACUUACUAGUCACAUGCGUAUAAAACACUGUCACAGCAGUUUCAUGCAUCCAAACCACGUUGUGCCGUGCCGUGCCGUGCCGUGCCGGUUGAAAAGCGCCACAACAGUUGUCUUUUAGGACAGUAUAAGUUUAAUUAGGUAAUGUCCUUUAUUCAGCAAACUACUUAUCUUCAAAAUGUUGGUUUUAGUCAGUUUUAUAUGUCUUUUAUUCUAUUCAACCUUUAUUUAUCCAGGAAAAUCGCAGCAAAUACAAAACACUCAACACAGUUGUAGACAAAUGUACACAGUUAAAACUCAAAUUAAGAAAAGAAAACAAAUGAAGUUUACAAGCGGAUUAUGAUAUGAUAAUGAUGGGUGGUGCACUGGGAACACGUGCACGUUGGUGCACACAUUCAUAUGAAACAACUAUCAAAGACAGUCUGUGUAUUUACAUUAUAGUUUCCAUUAAACUUUAACAUUUAAAUUCUGUUUAACUAUUACUUUUUUGUCUUCAUUUCUGCUACUUAUUGUCUCCCACUCAAGUUAGCAUGACACAUAGGUACACACAUCUAUUGUCACUCCUUAACUGUGCACAACGAAAUGGGUUCACCAUAUAUGGACAUGAGCCCGCUCUGUUUUAGCCCGAUGGGACGUUUUCUUCACAAAUUUAAAACAUGACAUGUGAACUUCUCAGGUGCUGAAUGCCACUGUUACAACCUUUAAAUGUGCGAUGCGUGUUUUCUUUGAUAAAAUAUGGAUUACAAGUACAGUGGAUGGUUUCAGAUACAGUUGAAUUCCCAUGGCCGGUGUGGUGAAACAUGUUUACAAUAGUGUUUGAACUGUGUCUUGGCACCGGGAGCUUUUACAGGUGAUAUUUGAAACACACAGAAGUGUUUGUGUCCAUUUCUUGUCUGAAUACACCGUGCUGUCAGUGGGACACAAUAUGGACAGUAGGCUACAGUCAAUGUCAUUCAAGGGUAUAUGCAUCAUAAUUGUCAUGGGAGUGCAGCCGUGUGAAUGUGUGAGUGACUUUUGUUAUGCAUGUAACUGUCAUUUUGGGUUCAGUUUGAGUCGACAGGUCCCCUGAUAAUUACGAGGGUUUGUAUCUGUUCAUUUUUGAGUCAAACUUGACACUAUUUUAUUUUAUUUUUUUUAAUGAAGUUGAGCCCCUGUUAGAUUCUUCAGGAUCUGUUUACUUGUUUUAUUCUUCCUGUUUAUAUGUCAGUAGUGAAUAGUGGGUUUCUCUAAGAAUAUUUACUUAGGGUACAUAAGUUAUUGCUUGUGGGAAGGGGGGGGGAGUACAAUUUUAGGAAAUAUAAGUUCAUUUUUAUAACUUUUUAAAAUGCGUCUUUUGUUACACCGAUUAUCAAUAAUUCACUAAUAAGUGUGGAGAAAGUUGCGGGAGAGACGAAUGGUCCGAGCAGUAGCAGUACUGCCUCACUUCUGUCUGACUUCUUUUGUGAGAGGUAAAAUGUGGAGGAAGUGAUCCGUUUUACAAUUCAGAAUCUGUGUCGAUACAUUUUUCCCUGUGUUUUGUAUUUUUGCAAUUUUAAUAGCAACAAGACAUUCAUGGCAAAGCAUCUGACCGGUGGAUGUAAAGGUUAAAGGUGAACUUUACAGGAGGAAACCAGAACUCAGAUGUUAAGCUCCAUUACUUGUCUUUUUGCUACUCGGCCUGCAUUACAGAUUUAUUUGUUUUGUUUUGCCACUCAGAGAACAGCUCUGUGUUGGUGUCACCAAUGUUACGUUAUUAGAAUGCCGUCUGUGAAGGUUCUUCAUCACUCGGGUCGUCAUGUAGGAGUGAUGAUAUUAACACUUCUGCACUAAGUAAUUAAAAGUAUAGUACUCGUCUGCUAUUUGAUGGCACAUUUCUCAUUGACUGUUGAUGCUGGGAGAAGUAAGUUUAUGACAUCAUUUAGGAUAAAGCACAUAUAAAUGCUCUGUAGAUCGGAGGGAAAUUGCAAAUCAAAUUUGUUAUGGGUCCAUUAAUACACGCUAAACAUUUUUACCUUAUGUGGUGUUUUUCAGACAAAAUUCAGUUCAAUCUGCCACAAAAUAUGGGUCGUGUUGUAAAACACACAGUUAUGGCUCUGGAACAUUUCAAAUAAUUACAUUUCAGAGUGUCCUCCUGUGGCCAUGUCCUGUCCACCAAUAUCAACCUCUCCCUAGUUUGGACUUUGUUGUCUUUUACACGUUAUCACUUGAUCUCCUGCUUUUCCUGCCGUCUUAAUUGCUGUUAUGGGUUGUAAUAAUGUUGUUUUAAAAGACAUGAAUGCACUCUGAAGUGAAACCAAUGUGUUGUUCAUCUGACACGUGUAUGAUUAGAACGUAGACACCAAAAUAAUCAGUGUAUCCACAUUCCUGAAUGCAAAAUAUUUAGAAAAUAUGUUGACUGAAGCUUUUAUGAGAGGAAAACAAAACAUGACUCACUCUUCACUUAUAUAUUAUACGCAGGAUGCGUGCAUUGUUUUGGUGUCUUAAGUUUGACCUCUACAAAUGGGACCUGUCGCUGUAUUUCCUGAUGCAUUCUUUGAAAUGUCUGGUCAACGAACUGUCCACGGAACGCACAUGAAGUUCACGCCACAAAGAUCGCAGGUGUUCAGGCGCAGCCGGAAACGUUUGUCGCCGCAUGUACUGUAAUAAUGCUUCACGCUUGUCGUCUCGGCGCGCGAGGCCUCAUUUCCCUCUGUGCUUUGAUUUCCAUGAUUCUUCUGUGUUUUUUGUUUCGUUUGCCAUUGGUUUUGUCUUUGAAUGGGUGUGUUUCUGCGAUGGGCUCGUCCUGCUUGGUCUCUGUAAUGUGGCUGUAGGGGAGCAGUCGCUUUUCUCUUUCUAAGCUUCGACAACAAAUUGCUUAUUUUCAUGCUUUUUAAAAAAACAAAGGAGUUUUCCCUCUCUA